AUGGUGGCUAGUCCAAUAAUUGUUGCUUAUUUUGUUGCCUGGUCCAUUUAUCGUCGUUCAUAUUUUGUGAACGAUAUACCAGCAGAGAAAAUUACACAUAUAAAUUAUGCGUUUGCUAAUAUCAGUUCGGACGGACGUAUUGCUAUUGGAGAUCCAUGGGCAGAUAUAAAAAAACCAUUUCAAGGUGAUAUAGGUAACCAAUCAUUACAGGGAAAUUUUAAUCAAUUAAUUAAACUCAAAGAAAAAUAUCCACAUUUGCGUACACUUAUUUCUGUUGGUGGUGGGACACGAUCCGGCAAAUUUUCGGAUAUUGCUGUAAGUGAUCGGAGUCGAUCAAUAUUUGCUGCCUCUUGUGUAGAAUUUAUUCAAAAAUACGGUUUUGAUGGUAUAGAUAUAGACUGGGAAUAUCCAGUAUCUGGGGGUUUACCAGCUAAUAGUCGUCGCCCUGAAGAUAAACAAAAUUAUGUUUUUUUACUUAAAGAACUUCGUCACCAGUUAGAUGCAGUAUCUGAUAAAAACUAUCUGUUAACUGCAGCAGCUGGAGCUACUACUAGGACUAUUUCAAAUAUGGAUUUACCUGGUAUGAUUCCUUAUCUUGAUUGGAUCAAUGUUAUGACAUAUGAUUUUCAUGGAGGCUGGAGAGCGACAACAGGGCAUAAUGCUCCAUUAUAUAAAAAUGAUGGUGAGGCAGUAAGUGAUAUUGCUCCAUCAUUCAUUAAAUCAAAAUAUAAUUGUGAUGCAGCAAUUCAAGCUUAUCUUGCAGUUGGAGUACCUUCUAAAAAGAUUCUUCUAGGUUUACCAUUGUAUGGACGUGGUUGGCAAGGAGUAACAAACAUAGAUCAAGAUGGCUUUUCACAAUCAGCAUCAAGUCAACUUCCGACUGGCACAUGGGAAAAUGGGGUUUUUGAUUAUGAUCAUUUGAAAAAAUCUUAUAUACCAUCGUAUAAUCGUUACUGGGAUAAUGAAUCAAAAGUUCCAUUUCUCUAUAAUCCAUUGACUGCUAUUUGGAUUAGUUAUGUAUUAGCGAUGUCUUCGCUCGAGCGACGAAUCUCAAUCUGUUUAUUCGAAACAAUAUGA